AUGUGGGCUUGUCAACAAGAGGAGCAGUUCCUCGAGGAGCAGGCCCAGGGCCGCUUUCUCACCGCCCGACAACGAAAGGCCCUGCAAAAGAAAGGCGGCUUUCGGCGUCAGCCAUCGAAACCCAGUUUCAUCAUCCCAGACUUCACACCGAAGCUGGCCCAGGUGUCAGCAGAUGUCACCCACGACGCCCGCCCAACCUUCGAAGGACUUCCCACGGAUCUCCGACAGCACAUCUUUCGCUUGGCUGAGCAAGAUGUCGUACUCAGCGAGCAAAAUUGGAAGACGAGGGAGCGAACAGCUUACGGUUCUCUCAAAUUAGUCUCAAAACAAUUCUAUCACGACCUGCAAGACAUGCGCUGGCAGUCAAAUCGGGUCCGACGAAACCAGCUUGCCUAUCUGCUUCGGCUCCCCUUCUUCACCGGCGACUUCGAUCUCACACGGCCUGACCGCAUGUCACCUCUUUUCAAGAAGUUUCAAUCGCUCUCGCUUGAACUUCCCUUCAAUACCGACACAGUCCUUCUCAAUAGCCUGACUCUCGCGCUUCUCUCUUUGCCACUCAAAGAUCUCAGGCUUUUCUUCACCGGCUGCGACACUCAUGGCACAGAAACCAGACUUCAAUAUUGCGGCAUUAGAUCCUUCGACUAUAGUGGCAAACUUCCGGCAAGUGGUCAGGGCUUCCGUCGCAGAGCUUUGCUGCUAAACACACUGAGUCGGCUGACCCAGCUUGAGACGCUUGUGGUAUCAAAUGCAAACAUGCCACUCACGUAUAGCCAGGUCGUCAACAAUAAGGCCAAUCUGACUCGCCUUGCGCUCUGCUGCGACCCAAGGACAACCGCUACGGACGGCUGGGCUGCAGCUCUAAACGAUACAUCAGAUCCAGAUCUGCGAUACGCCGCUACGGGUACAAAUGCGGAUAUCGACAGUGAAGUGAUGCCGCCGGAUCUUCGAGAACUAGAGAUCACUGCGAAUGCAAUGGCGUUGACAUCACGACUUGUCAGAAGGGCGAUGCACAGCCUCGAGAAGCUCACAUGA